AUGUAUCCUCCAGAGUUUGUUGGUGGACUUGACUCACUCUUGGCUCAUGAUUGGUUAGCUGGUAUGGAGAGGGUGUUUCAAGCUAUUCAGUGUACUGAAGAAGAGAAGGUUAUCUUUGCUACUCAGAAGAUGAAGGGACCAGCUCUUAGGUGGUGGAACACUGCAUCUACUUAUUUCACCACACAAGAGAUUCCUAAGGAUUGGCAACACUUCAAAGUGGCAUUCUUGGAGAAGUAUUUCCCUAAUAGUGUGAGGACUCAGAAGGAGCGAGAAUUCCAGAACUUCAAGCAAGGUGACAUGUCUGUUUCAGAAUAUGCAGAGAAGUUCGAGGACUUGGCAGACUACUCCAGACAAGCUGUUUAUGCUCCAGAUGAACUAUGGAAGAUUGAUCAUUUGAAGAGGGUUCAAGAAGAGAGGAACCAGAACAGGACUAACUUUAGGGAGCAAGGGAGAUCUACUCAAAACUUGAGGCCCCGUAAUCCUCCACCAAAGAUGAAGCAAAGCCACGGUGACCGUUUCCCCCGACCACCCUUUUGUGAUAAGUGUAGGAGGAAGCACACUGGAAAUUGUGAGGUUUAUCCUGUUAGAUGUUUUGAGUGUGGCGAGCAAGGUCACGUGAUGAGGAAUUGUCCGAAGAAGAGAGCUCCAGAAAAGACUGCAGGUCGUGUUUACACUUUGGAUUCGAGGAAGGCCAAGGGAAACAACAAUCUCAUUGCGGUUCUUUCCAAGGAGCCUUCUGUGAGAAUUGAAUUGUCGGAGAUUCCGGUGGUGUGCGAAUUUCCUGAUGUAUUUCCUGAGGAUAUCACUUCUCUUCCUCCGGAAAGGGAAGCGGAAUUCUCAAUUGAUCUUGUUCCUGGAACAGCCCCUGACUCCAUCUAG